CAUAGUGAGAAAAUGAAAACAUGUGUGACGUUUACAUUCAGAGGGAAACUUAUUUUUAUUGAAUUAUAGGAAUGCUGUGGAAGUCUUCUAAAUGCAGGUUACAAUGAGAACUUUAAUCAGAAGCUGGGUUUUUGGACUGUCUAGGCAACUCUCACUGAAAAGGAAAAAUCCUGUCUUAAGUCUAAUUGCGGGUGUUCUUGUUGGUUUUUUCCUAACGUUGUAUUUUCACAAUGCCCUUCUCCCAAAAGGAACCACAUUUUCAUGCUUUAUUCAUAAACAAGGAAACUUGGUGGUGUACAAGCGAGCCCCACCUGUAGAUCUAACUACUUUGACGGAGGAUAAGCGAUUACUUUUCGUAGGAGUGAUGACAGCAGAAAAGUUUCUUGACUCAAGAGCAGUAGCUGUUUAUGAGACUUGGGGCAAAACAAUCCCAGGAAAAAUUGUAUUUUUUUCUAGCAGUAAUUCGAAGGCAUCAUCACAGCUUCCAUUGGUGACGUUACCAGGAGUUGAUGACUCUUACCCUCCACAGAAGAAAUCUUUUCUCAUGCUUAAGUACAUGCAUGACCACUUUCUAGAUAAAUUUGAAUGGUUCAUGCGGGCAGAUGAUGAUGUUUAUGUUCGGACAGACAAGCUUGAAAAAUUUUUACGGUCUAUCAACAGUAGUAAAGCUCAGUUCAUUGGUCAGGCUGGACUUGGGAAUAAAGAAGAAUUUGGACAACUGAGCCUUGAUGACGGUGAAAACUUUUGUAUGGGUGGUCCUGGAAUGUUAAUGAGUAGGGAGACGCUACGACUUUUGGCACCUCAUAUACGUUAUUGUCUUAAACACCUAUAUUCUACACACGAAGAUGUUGAAGUUGGAAGGUGUAUACGCAGAUUUGUCGGUAUACCUUGUACCUGGUCUUAUGAGAUGCAGAAUAUUUUCUACCAGAAUUUUGCCGGAGAAGAAACUUUCAUGGGUCGACUGAAAAUGAAAGAAGUCCAUAGAGCCAUUACACUCCAUCCUAUCAAACAACCUGCAUACUUAUAUCGACUUCACAGCUAUUUCCUUCAUUUACAGUCGCAGGAGCUGCGGUAUCGGACCUUACUUCUUCACAGAGAUAUCUUGAACAUGAAUAUGUUAUUGGAAACAAAUGAUUCUUUAACUCUGAAUGACACCGGCUUUUGUCAUACCAAGCAGCUGGGAGUGAAUCCCCAUCUAAAUAGAUAUCAUCCAAAAAGUCGUGAAGAUAUAUUGGUUUGGGAUUUCUUCAGUAAGCACAUGUAUUCUGCCAAUAAUCCUAACCCAAAGAGACGGAUCGAAGCCUACACACAGACAGCUAUAAAUGACACUGUAAUGGAAAUGAUGGAAAUGAUUAAUAAGUUUUCAAAACAGCGUGGAAGAGUCAUUGAGUUUCAAGAUAUCCUGUAUGGCUAUCAAAGAGUGAACCCACUUUAUGGAGUAGACUACAUUCUUGAUCUAAUGAUGAAAUACAAGAAAUACAGGGGAAGAAAGAUGACUGUCCCAGUGCGUCGUCAUGCAUAUUUACAACAAACAUUUUCUCAGCCUGAAAUAAGAGAAAUUGCUUCAUUGUACAUUACAGAUGAAAUGAGGAAUGAGGAUCCUUCAGAAUCUGAUAUUUCUAGUACCAACUUACUAAACAAAGUUACAGAAAUCAAUUUUAUUCUUCCAUUAGCUGGUAGAACUCCAAUAUUUCAGAGAUUUUUAUCAAAUUUUGAAGAGGUUUGUUUGCAGAACAGAGAAAGAGUAACAUUGGCAGUUGUGCUGUUUAGUAUGAGUGACGGUGACAGUGUUGACGCUAAGACAGCCUUACAGGGAUUACAGAUACGAUAUCCAAAAUACUCAUUGAGGCUCUUAGAAUCUAGUGGUUCGUUCUCACGGGCAAUGGCUCUUGAGAUUGGUGCUAAACUUUUUCCUUCAGAUGCUCUUCUUUUUAUUGAUGUGGAUAUGUUUUUUGAUAGAAACGUUUUAAAGCGUGUUCGUUUAAACACAGUCCAGGGAAAACAAGUGUACUUUCCUAUAGUAUUCAGUCAGUAUAGUCCACAGUUUGUACCAAAGGAUUCUAAACCAAGUUUCAUUCAUGACGAAACGGGUUACUGGCGACAGUUUGGGUAUGGGAUAGUAAGCUUGUAUAAUAGUGAUCUUUAUGCUGUUGGAGGGCUGGAUACAACAAUUCAUGGUUGGGGCAAGGAAGAUGUUGAUUUGUAUUCUAAAGUGGUACACAGUAACAUCUCUGUCUUUCGAGCAGCUGACCCAGGGCUUAUUCACAUUUUUCAUGACAUACAAUGCGAUUCUCAACUGCAAGUAACACAAUUCCAGAUGUGUAUUGGUAGCAAGUUAUCAAGUUUAGGUUCCCAGGGAAGCUUGGCUCAAAAAAUAUUCAACAAUCCAGAACAAUUCCUAGACUAAUCCUGAUAGUCAAGAUUCUCGUGGCCUGUCAAAGAAAGUAUCUCAUUCUUAAUGUUUGAAAUUUUCUUUGUAUUAUAUAACACAUCAUUUUAGUUUAUUAUUGUUUUUACGUAUGUAUCUGUUUAUGGUCAGUAAUGAAAGUUUAUAAUGUUUUAUUUACCUUUAUAUAUAUAUUGUAUUUAUUUACACUUUUGCUUUAAUUUAGGCAGCAGUGUAGCAAGAAAUGAGAUAUUUAAUGAUUUUUUGUUCCUAAAAUUUUUAGCAAUAGUAUAUCAAGUCUUUUUCCAGUAUACUAGCGAUCAGUUUUCUUCAACAUCAUACACUAUUUUUGGAUCUCUCUCUUAUCAUUGUUGGAGUGCUUGAUGUUUGUAAUUCUUGUGUCAGUAUAUUUUUGUACAACUUGAUGUAUUUUAUAUAAGAAUAAAAUUUGUAUAA